AUAUUUAUAUAUGUAUUUCUAUAGUGAUAAGUAAUGUUGAAAACUGUUGCAAAUAAAGCAAAUUUGAUUUCUUCUGUUUCUGCUGGUACUGAGAAGCAGCUAGUGAAGCCAUGUGAUCUUGACAUUUACUUUGAAGCAGAGCAGCCACCACUAAAAGAGAUUCCUCCUCCCUCACCCGCAUUUCUCUAUGAAAACGUGUCUGCAGCUAGACAGCGUGUAACUGGUGUGUUUUCUGGUCUUCUGACUACUCAUGAGAAAAUUUCAAACUUCUUUGGUUCAUUGGAAUCACGAAUUGUCAAUGUAUACAACAGUACGGUAGCAGAUCCAUAUUUUUUGUUAACACCGGGCGUGAUCACAUUUGCUACUGUGAGUGGAGCUGUUGUUGCUGGGAGAGGACGGCGACCAUUUAAAAGAUCUUUCUAUGCAAUAAUAUUUGGUGCGACUGCCACAUCGAUCUGUUAUCCUGAACGAGCUUUAGACAUCGCGACUACGGGAUAUUAUCACACUACUGGUUCUUUGAGCAAGCUGAGUACGUUGUGGAAUGAACGAAAACAAACAACGACUGAGAGAGUCGUAAAAGAUAUUAAAGACGAUAAAGCGACAACGUCUGAGGAAAACAAAGAAGAUAUUAGUGAAUCAGAGGAAUUAUCACAUGAUCAAAAUGCAACCAAUGAGAAAGACUUUGUAGUUGUUAAUAGAAAUGACGUCAUUGCAGCAGAAAAAGCAUCGCAACAACAAGAAUUAAAAGUCACACAUUAUGAUGUUAUUAAAACAGACGGUAAAGCAUCUGACGUCGUUGUUAAAGAAACAACAAACACGUCAAAUGACAUCACGACGGACGACAAAACAAAUAUCGAUAAUCCGCACGUGGAAGGCGAUUACGGACAAUCGGAUCCUACUGAUAAGGACAUGUAUAGUACACGAUCUUAGUUCCCUGUUCUAUGUCGGGUGUACGUCGUUCUAUGGGAAAAUAGAAUUUUUUAUGUAUUAAAACAACAAACAAACAACAAGUAAUGAACUGUAUGUAGUGUUGUUAAUUUUUAUGGAAGUUACCUAAAAAAAAUCA